CAUUUGCUCAAAACCAAAUUACAGAAAAUUUCUAGAGGGACAGUGGUAGCCAUAGUUACGGCAGUGAUGAGAAUAGCAAUGGAUGUGAGCAUGUCUCUGAAUGCGCUUGUUCGGCUACCCAUGUCAAAUUCAAGAAUACACGACGAGGGUUUGAUCAGACACUCUUUGUUCUCUUCUCGGACCACGACCCAGAAGGCUGCUCAGCAGAGGAAGCAACCCCUCUUGGUGGUUGAAGCCAAGGGCAAAAAAGGGAUGAUGUCUCGUCAGUUCCAGCGCUCGCCGGCGCCUGCUCUUCCCAAGAUUGAAGACGAUGGUAACCCUCGAUUUGUCAUCUUCAUCCGCAUGGCCGAUGUUUAUCUUUGGUACCCACUUAGUAUUAUAACUGGCGGUACAACUGCAAAGAUUAUGGUUGCAGCUAAAGAUAAUUUUCUUGGGAAGUACAUAUACAAAGACACUCUUGCUAGGAAUCUCGCGGCAGUUAUUUACAGAGAUGAGAAGGAGAUACAAAAGACGGCAUUUAAACAGCAUCGUCUUUUGCAGACAGCUAAGGAGUUUAGAUAUGGCUACAAGUUAGUGGAGAAUAACAAUUUGAGAGGAGCAGUUUCUACCACAGAUGUUAUUGAGCUCCCAACACAAGAUGAGCUUAAAACAGUUCUAGAUAAAGUGAAAGACUUCUUUGGGGAUGCCAAGGAUUCUUUUGGGAAGAUAACAGCCCUAAAUUCGACUACAGAUGAGGAGACGGGGGAAAAACCGAAAGAGAAAUCCAAGGUGAAAGGCUGAAUCCUAGCAUAAUUUUCUUGGCAUCUUGCCAUAGUUGAUGGUUUUGUGAAGUUGAAAAGAUCCAUCUGGAACAGAUUGACUUCCCUGCAAAAUGAACUGAGGUUCUACACAAGAAGUUCCACCAGAGGAUCCCUGUCUACUAAGUGUAAUUUCUUCUAUUCUGUCUCAUAUGUAAGUUUGUGGAACUGACCCUCCACUAGCUUUAUUUUUCCUUUUCCUCACAUUAGUGUAAUUUCAGAUAAUAGGUCUUGAUUGUUGAAUUUGAGAAAAUUUUCUCGAGAAAGUUUUCUGCACUGGCAUGAAAUGAUGAAACUUCUGGCA